GGUGCGCAUUUGAAAUUAGUUCUAUUCUAUUUGGCCAGUGUUCCCAAAACAGGCGCGUACGUCCAUCGCGUCCACGAUACUCCCGCGCUGCGCUAAUUACGUAAUUUAAAAAAAGAAUUAUCGAUUACAUGACUUUUUUUUAAUCGACAGUGUUUUAAAUAGAGUUGCAUUUAUUUUAGUUUCGUUUAGUUAUUAGUUGGAGUCGAUGUUUUUUAUGCUGUGGAUGCCAUAGAUAAGCCACAGCCAUGGACAAGCCAACUAUGCACAUGCUCUCCGUGCAGGAGAAGGGAGGACAAACCAAACGCACUAACCAGUACAUAGCGGCUGUUUCAGCUGCAAUCGGCGCUGUGGUGGCCGGCACGAUCCUCGCGUGGACCUCCCCUGCGCUGCCGCAGAUCUCGCCCCCCAAGAAGGAGGCCAACAGCAGCGAGCCCCAACCCUACGACCCCUUCGAGCCGUACAACAAUGCGACCAACGUGACCACGAUACUGAUCAACGAGCUGGGCCAACCGGCUGACUUCUUGCUCGACACCACGGAAAGUUCUGUGGUAUCAGCUAUACUGGCCAUCGGAGCAGCCAUCAGCGCACUCCCAGUGGGGGUGCUGGCUGAGAAGUUCGGCCGCCGCCCCACCAUCCUACUGCUCUCCAUACCGUUCAUGAUCAACUGGCUGAUCACAAUCUUUGCAAACGGAGCAGGGAUGCUCAUCGCUGCCAGGUUCUUCGCUGGAUUAAGUACUGGUGGCAUCUGCGUAGCAGCGCCCAUGUACAUUGGCGAAAUAGCCGAGACCUCCAUACGAGGGUCUCUGGGCGCCUUCUUCCAGCUGUUCCUGACCGUGGGCAUCCUCUUCACCUUCGUGGUGGGCGCCUGGACGCACUGGCAGACGCUAUCGAUCAUCUCUGCCGUGUUCCCUGUGCUACUUGUUGCUGUGUUCUGGUGGAUGCCAGAAACCCCCCAAUAUCUGCUGGCCCAGAACAGACGGCGUGAUGCUGAGAAGGCUCUGCGCUGGCUGCGUGGGCCCGACGCUGACCUCAGCGGGGAACUCGAGGAGAUGCAGAAUGAUGUGGACAACUCCGCCCGUCAAAAGGCUGGCAUCGUAGCGAUGGUGACCAACCGAGCGCCUCUGAUGGCUCUCAUCUGCUCUCUAGGCCUCAUGUUCUUCCAGCAGUUCAGCGGUAUCAACGCUGUCAUCUUCUACACUGUUAACAUCUUCAAAUCCGCCGGCUCUAACAUAGAUCCGUCCAUAGCAACAAUCAUAGUGGGUGUCGUCCAAACCCUAGCCACUUACGCUUCAUCCUUGUUAAUAGAAAAAGCAGGCAGACGGAUCCUGUUGCUCCAGAGUUGUAUAAUUAUGGGCAUCUGCUUGAUCAUUCUCGGUACAUACUUUAAACUUCAAGAAAGUGGUGCUAACGUCGCUGCCGUUGGAUGGAUACCUUUAGUGUGUUUGGUCCUGUUCAUCAUAUCAUUCUCCAUGGGUUUUGGUCCUAUCCCUUGGAUGAUGAUGUCUGAAUUGUUCGCCUCUGAGUUCCGAGGGACUGCAUCUGGUCUUACAGUCAUUAUCAAUUGGUUGCUCGUGUUUAUUGUCACUCUGUGCUUCCCAAUAAUGAAGGAGCAAAUCGGCAUCUACAGCUGUUUUUGGUUCUUCAGCGGUUUCAUGGUGACUUGUGUCUUCUUCGUCUUCUUCUUGAUACCUGAGACCAAGGGAAAGACGUUAGCCCAAAUUCAAACUUUGUUAGGUGGCAAGCAGGCAUAAGAUUAUGUUUUUUUAAAUACCUUGGAAUACUCAGUGUUGUUUUGUUUAUGAUUGGUAUUGGCUAAUGGACACUUGACUUUUUAAAUUCCAACUUGUAUAACAGAUUGUACAGUUAUCGCAAUAUAUUUCGUAUAUGUAUAUGUCGCUUAUAAAAUUUGUAAUAAAAAAUGUAGGGGCAAGUACAAUCAUGUUAUAAGAAGCUUUCCUAUUAAUGACCUGCGCUAAUUUGUCAAUCUAAAUAACGUAUGCAUUAAAGCAGCUGGAGAUUAACAUUGUGGGAGGAGGUUUUAUGGGAUCAUCAAAUCUUUGUGGAUGCUAGUGGACAUGCUCGCUAUAUAUUAUGUAUCUUAAAGGAUUUUUCUUAACAGUGUACAAGGGUAUAGACAAUUCCUCUUCGAUACUUUCCCCUAUAGUCCGCCACUCUGCGCAGGCAUUUGCAAUGUCCAUUCCAACUUUUAUGCUAUAGCCUGAUCACAAAAAUAAAAAGAAAUCAUCAGGUGGCUGACUAAACAGAUACUAAUUUCUUCCAAAUAUAAUGGUGGGCUUACACCUACCUUUAGACCGAAAAGCCUCAGUCCUGAAAGGGGCUGGAGUAACCGGGAGAAUAAGCUCCUCCUCGCCUUAUCCAGGCAAGGAGGCAAAGCCUCGAGGCCGGGGGAGAAGAUAACCUGUCUCUCUCACAACGGUGGUGGUGCCCCCAAUCCAGGUUUUUUUAUAUUUCUGGUCAGGUUAUAAAUAUUUUAUUUGUUAGUUGGAUAUAACGUACAUAACUUGCAAAGUGUAUUAAGUCGUCAAUGUCUAAUUCAGCGCUGCUGUGAAUUUUAAAGCAUAUCAUGGUGUAAGUUUUCGUUUUGGAUAUUUUUUGGAUUUCAUGUCAGGAACAUUCUGUCCAAAAACUUAUGGACUUUCGUGAUCAGAUCGGACCUUGUGUUUUGAUAUCUUUCAUAAGUUGUUGAAUGUUUUAUGUGUAUAUUUAUAUGUGUGUUUGUGUUUAUUGUUUUGUGUUUAGUCGGUAUCAGAUUUAUACGACUAAUUGAAUGGAAAAAUACUAGUAAUUUGAACUACUCAAUUUAAAUAUAACGACUGAUACACCAAAAAAAAUAUAUAAAGAAACUAGAAAUAUCUGUCGCCGACUGUACAUUUUAGCAACUCUUAAAUGAAAUGACUUUUAUAUUACGAUUAUUUAUUUAAUAUUAUGUAGAGUUCGAUCGAAAAAAUAGAAUUUUGAUAUUUUGUACAUGUUGAUUUAAUUUAUUUUGUGAAUAACUACGAACACAAUAUUUAGUACCUACUUUAUUUAUUAAUUUUAAGUGAAUAAAUGUGCCAAAUAAAAACGACGUAAAUGUAUAAAUUAUGCAAUACCUAGUUAAAUUAUUAGUUAGCUCUAUUAGUUAAAUUAGGUAUCGAGUGUACAAAUAUUUAAACUUUAGUUCAGUAAGUCGAUGAAAUCCACACAAUCUAACAUAAAAAAAAAACAUUUUUUAUUUAAAGAGAUUUUUCGCUGAGCGAAUAAAAAAAAAUAUUAAAUUGAUUUCAUAAGCUUAAUUCUGACGCUGUACCAAAUAAAUAGAAAUGGCUUUAAAUAAUAAAUCUGCUAUUUUUCAUCAUUAAACAUGAGCUGCCCCCCUAGCCAAGUGAAAGGCGAUUCUCUUUCUACGUACGCAAACGCUUCGUAAACUAGAAAAAUGUAUGAGAAUGACAGAUCUUGAUCACGUGACCUGUCGAUAGUAAUGUCAUUCUCAUACAUCUUUCUAGUUUUCGAAGCGUUAGCGAUCGUAGAAAGAGAAUCAACGUGCCACUUGGCUAGGGGGGCUGUUAAGAUAGUACAAAAACAUCUUACCUUAAAAUUAUAUAUGAAAGAAAAACAUUUAUUAACUCUCUUAUCACUUUAGAUAAUAGUAUGUGACUAAAACAACUUCUAAUCAAAUCAUACUACAAAUAAAAUGUAUAAAUCAAGUGAAAAUGUGUUUUGUAAUUUAAGUAAAUGCUUUUAAAAUGUAAUUAAUAAUAUAAUAUUACGUAUAUUUUUAUAAAUAGAAUAAAAAUUGUCCAUUAUAGGAAACAAUUCAUGGUCACUCUACUGAAGUUCUUCGUUUCUCUUUUCGAUUAUUGAAAUAGAGCGGGACAGAAAUAGAACAGUGGCCAUUUUGAAUUGUUUUGUUUAAUGGCGCGAAUAUGUUCGUGAAGUUUAAAAAUGUGACAUUUAAUUAAGAUGAAAAGUAAAAAUAUUUCGAUCGGUUGUUUUUAUAUUAAUAACUAUUGUUAAUUUUAUGUUUAACUGGAGGUUAAAUGUAAAAACAAUUAAAAUGAAUAAUUACUGA